AUGUUACGCCAAUCGCUUCGACUCGCACGGCUCAAGAGCGUCAAUGCCUGGCAAUCAUCUACAUCAACAGCUUCGGUCGCUUUCGUACGUCCGUAUCCCGAUACGAUUGUCUCGAGUAGCUUGAUGGGGUCGAAAUCGCACAUGACUACAGACAACCGUUCCCCAAAGGAUCCAAACCAGACUCUUAGUCAGGCAGACAGCAUUUCGGCGGUGAUCCGUCACGAUCACCGACAAAUCGAGAAAUAUUUUGACAAGAUUAUCAAUGCAAGCGAUCGUGAUACGCAGCGACGAUACCAAAACGCUUUUGUCUGGGAGCUAUCGAGACAUACCAUAGCGGAGGAGUUAGUCGUGUAUCCUUCGAUUGAAACAGGUGUCAACAAUGGGAAAGAGAUGGCUGAGAAGGAUCGAGCAGAGCAUCAAGCGACCAAAGAAGCACUGUAUAAAUUCCAGAACAUGACCCCUGCUGACAAAGAUUUCAUUCCAACCCUCGAGGCGCUAAUGAAAGACCUCAAGGUGCAUAUCAAAAAAGAGGAGGAACAUGACCUGGUUAAACUGGAAGAGGCACUACUGCCGUCAAGGUCGAAAGACUUGGCUGAGAAGUUCGAGACGAGGAAAUCCUUCACGCCAACGCGUAGCCACCCAAGCACACCAAAUAGGCCACCAUACGAGAAUGUAGUCGGCCUCAUGACAGCGCCAUUUGACAAGCUUCGUGAUAUGUUUCGCGCAUGGCCCGACGAGCUCGGACCAAGACCCCCUUCUGGUCGACCUGCGAGAUAA